UCAUUUUAACAUUUGUCGUGGCCGCACACGGAAUAACACGGGAAUUUAUUUGUGAACGAAAUUUACAAUUUUUAAAUAUUAUCCGAAAUAUGUACAAUAAUUUAUUGCAUUAUUGUGCAUUGCACUAUUUAACCGCUUGACCCUGUGAACCAUCCCAUAAGAAAAUAGUGUUUACCGAAUAAGCAAAGAGCGCAACAACAACACCGACUCGCGCAAAUGGAUAAAAUGUUUGUUUUUAAUGUUAAGCGAAAACUGCAAAUCAAAAAAGUGUGAUAAUAACAGCAAAAAGAAAAGAAGAAAAAAAAAACGGGCGAGAGAACGCGCCAGCAGCCUGCAUGCGCGCCUAUGUGUGUGUGUGUGUGAACGUACGUGCGUGCGUGUGUGUGUAGUUCGCUGUCCGCUGUAUAUGUGUGUGUGAGCGAGAGCGCGAGCUUAGGCGAGUGAGUGUGCAGUGAAGUGCAAAAGAGAAAUACGAUAAAACAAAAAAAAAAUAAAAAUAAUAAAACACGCCAUGCAGUUGCGCCCGUUUUAGCUGAUAAAGCGUACAACAAAAAGAAAAAAAUAUAAAAUCAAAUAAAAUAAAAGCUCACACACAUAAAGAGCAGUAGGCACGAAAGCGAGUGAAAAUAGAAAAUUAAUAAUUAGCAAGAAGAAGCAGCAGCACACACAACAUCAAAGCAAAUAGCCAAAUUGUAAGUGAUCAGUGCUAAAAACACAUCGCUAACAACAAAUUGAAUGAAAUUUUCACUCUCUUUCUGUCUCUAUUUGCAUAAAUAGUGCAAAUCAAAAUUCUCGGUGCACAGCGGCCAGUUUUAAAAACGAUCGCAAAUACAAUAAGAAAUAAACAAGAAAGAAAAACAACAACACAACUGCAGUGCGGCAGCAGAAGAAUUAAAUUACAAUCAAAAAGGCAAAUAAACAGUGCUGCAAAACGGUCAAAAUGUCGACACUGGACAUACCCAACAAUUCGGCAAUGAUGAAGCGAGCCGAGCAGCUGCGUCGCUGGGAGGAAUCGGACACAAAUCGCGCUCCGCCCACUCCCCGCCACAGCCGCAAUGGGCGACACAUCAAGUUCAGUUCGGGCUGCGUUUUUCUCGCCGCCUGUUUAUCGGGCGAUAAGGACGAUGUGCUGCAGCUGAUCGAUGAUGGCGCCGAUAUCAACACUGCUAAUGUGGAUGGCCUCACAGCGUUGCAUCAGGCCUGCAUCGAUGACAAGCUCGACAUGGUUGAGUUCUUAGUGACGCAUGGAGCAGAUAUUAAUCGACAGGACAACGAGGGAUGGACGCCGCUGCAUGCGACAGCCUCCUGCGGCUUUGUGAGCAUAGCACAGUAUCUAGUGGAGCACAACGCAGAUGUGGCUGCUGUGAAUAGUGAUGGUGACUUGGCGCUGGAUUUGGCAAAUGAUGUGCAGCACAUGCCCAUGAUUGAUUACAUGGAGAAGGUGGUGCAGGAGCGCAACAUUGAUGUGGAUCAGGCGCGCAGAGCGGAGGAGAAGGCGAUGCUAAACGAUGCCAACAAAUGGCUGCUUAGCGAUGGCGCCGAUGUGGAUCGACCGAAUCCAAAAACUGGUGCAACAGCGCUGCAUGUGGCAGCGGCCAAGGGCUACACGAAUGUGCUGAAAUUGUUGCUGGCCGGCCGAGCGAAUGUCGAUAAGCAGGACAACGAUGGCUGGACGGCGUUGCAUGCUGCGGCGCAUUGGGGCCAAAAGGAGACGGCUGAGAUGCUGGUGGAUGCGUGGGCCAACAUGGAUAUACGCAACUAUUCGGGACAAUCCUGCAUCGAUGUGGCCGAUCGCAAAAUGGUCAAAUUCCUCGAAGAACUGCGCGCCAACAUGCGCAUCAAGCGGCGUCCAUCUAGUCAAAUCAGCAGAAUCUCAGAUGCGAUUGAAAAUCAUGUGGACAAAACACCAACGAAACUCGUACGCGUUGAAGUGAGAACUGAUGCCGCUAAGGAUGCUGAAAAUGUGAAACCCAAUCAGCAAAUUCAUGCCGCCGAACACGCCGUCGAAGAUGAGGCGCCUUGGCGACGCAAAACGCUUCGCACGCCCAACGACAGCCCCACUAAGAAUCAAGUUCCUGACAAAGAGCUGAGCGGCAAAAGCGCCAAUGAGAGCGCCAACGAUGUCAUCUUGCGACGCACGCACAGCUUUGAGAAUGAUCAAAAAUUCUAUCAAAAGUACAAUGAGCUGAGGGCACGCAUUAAGGCGAACUCGUGUCCCAUUCUGCUAGCGACAACGGCGAAUGCGCUGCCUGGUGGCAUCGGCAUCGGGGGCGUCGGUGGCAACAACGCUGCCAAUAACAACAAUAACCAAAGUAGCAAUAACAACAAUAAUAAUAACAACAACAAUAACAACAACAACAAACAGAGCCAGAGUCUGCUGCUGUUGGGGAAAACAGCAAACACAACAUCGACUGGCUUGAGCAACAGCAACAACUACAACAACACAUCAAGCACCAUGAACACAACAUCAACAACAGCCACAACCACAACAACAACACUCAACACACACACACCAACAGCAGCUACAUUAACAACAGCAACAAAUGCAUCAGCUACAACAACAACAACAGCAACUCCAAGUCAAAUUUAUAGCGUACAAAGAUCGGCCUCCCUCAAAGAUAACUCUGUGUAUUUCAGGAAACCGAUUGCUCCAGCUACAGCUUUGCUGAAUGCAGCGACAACGACACCAACCACAACUGGACUCAGCUCACCUUCAACGACUGUGCACACCCCACCAAUACGCAGAAACAAUUCCGUUAGCAGCCCCGCUGCACAGAGCGGCAGCACCAGCAACAACAAUGGCAGCACCACGGCAAGCGCCAGUGCCAGCGAUGUGGAGACUCCCAAGCCCAAGCAAUCGGCGGGCAAUAUAUUCAAAAACUUUUUCAAAUCCUUUGUGCCUCCGGUGCGUGACGAGGAGAGCGAAACGCAGCGUAAAGCGCAUGCGAAGCGAGUGCGUGAGACGCGUCGCUCGACGCAGGGCGUGACCCUUGAUGAGAUCAAGAGUGCCGAGGAGCUGGUCAAGAAGAAGAACCUGGGCAUGAACAAGAACAACAAUAACAAUAACAACAACAGCAGCAGCAAUGAAACAAGCUCCACAUCAAGCACCGCAACAACAACAACAACAGCAUCAACAACCACCACAACAUCAGCCACAUCAUCAACAACAACAACAGCAACAACAUCUUCGCCAAGCACAACAACAACUGAAACUGCAACUGCAACAACAACAACGACAAGCAACAGCAACAACGACAACAACAGCAGCAGCAGCAGCGACAGUUCACAAGAGCCACAGCCACCGCCACCGCCCACAACACCGCCACCCAGCUUGAUACCAACUGCAGAUGAUUCGGAAAUCAUUGAGGCUGUGGUUGCCACUUUGGCGCCAGCUUCUUCGUCUGUCGAUGAUGUCAAUGCCAGCUUCACGCUGACGGCGCCAACCACAAGAAAAUCAGAUGAUGAUCAAGUUGAAACUGCUGAGAGCAAUGCUGAAGAGGAGGUUGAUGAUGAUCAAGAGGAGGAGGCAGUUAGUGCUAGCUACACGAUAGUCUCGCCAUCCCGACUAAAGACUGAUCCAGUUGCCAAACAACAGACGAGCAGCGAUUCUAUCGAGUCAGCUGUGCAGCCAGCAGUCAGACCCACAGAGCUGGCGAUAGCCACAACAACAACUGUAACUGAAAGUAAACCCAUUGUGCAGACUCCUGUUGCCACAACUCCAAUUGCUGUCCUGGAGAGUCCUGUGAGAUUGAGGGACAAACGCAGUCUGAGCAGUGCAACAUCAAAAGAUGUUGAAGCGGAUGCCAAGUCGGACACAGCUUCGCCAGUCUCGACGCAUGCGGAUUUCAAUGCUCGUGAUUCACUCUUGAGUUUAUACGCCAGACGUACCGGGGAGAGUGGUGCAGGUGGGGCAAGUGGUGCAAGUGUGGCUGCUGCAACUGUUGCACCUUCCACGUCGUCGUCGUCGUCUUCAGCAACAACAACUGCAGCCGAGCGGCGACCUUCGUGGCGCCUCAAGUUCGAUGCGGGCUCAAAGUUCAAGCUGGAGGACAUCACCAGCGGUGGCAGCUACCCGCCCAACCAGAGCACCAUCAUCCCAAGUGCGCCGGCUGUCAUGGCAGCUGUUAAUCUGGCCAGCACAGCUGGAACCCAGCGACGCAUCAGCAGUGGUCCCAAUGCGCUCAAUGCUUCCAAUCAAUCGCUCAACUCGAUCGGUCGUCCAGUGUCGGCGCCCAGUGAGUCGAUCAAUGCGUAUGUGACACCUCCAGCCCGUCAGCGAUACGAGACGUCUUCAGCCUCUGCUGCUGCUGCGACAACAACAACAACAGCGGGAACAACAACUGCCACGUCAACAGCGAACAAUUCCGCGUCUGCAGCCAGUGCCAAUCAUGCAUCAGCCACAGCAUCCAGUGCUACAACCAGCCAUGAAGAUAAAGAUAACGACAAGGAGAACGAUAAUCGCACACAGACUGUCAUACAGCGUCGACGCAAACCGAAGCGUCGAUCCACGGGCGUGGUGCAUCUCGAUAUGGAUGAGCUUGAUCCGGAUCGUCAACACGAUACGGCCAACAAUGACAACGAUGAGAAGGAAAAGGAGAGCGGCAGCGAACGCACCUCGCGCUCUCGCACUGCGAGCACAGCAACCGCAAGCGUCGCCAGCGAUUCGAAGAGCUCCAGCAGCAGCGACAAGGCGGAGAAUGGAGAUGGCAUUGACUACAAGGCGCUCUGGGAAGCGGCCAAAAUGGAGAACGAUAAGCUCAAGCAAAUGCUCAAGCAGAAGGACGACGAAGUUGUACAAACGCGUGCGACGCUCGAGCGUUUUGCGAAUGCCACAACUAAAAAUUCUCUCUCUGAGAUUGAGAAGCGUGAAAGAAGAGCUAUGGAACGCAAGCUUUCCGAAUUGGAAGAAGAGCUCAAGCUCUUGCAGAAGCUAAAGACUGAGAACGAUCGUCUACGUGCCGAGAAUCGUGCCCUAACGCGAGUUGUCUCUAAGUUGACCACCUCGGCACAGAGUCAACUAGCCAAAAGCAAAUAAGUCAGCUGGCUGCUCCACAUAUCGGCGACUAUCGCCCGAUCGAAUAUCGUACUCGUUAUCGUAAUCGCAAUCGUUAUCGUUUCUAUAUACUUCUACCAUAAUACUCCGUACAGCAAAGCAAAAAAAACACAUACGUACAUCACAUACUCAACCAUAAUAGUUAAAAUUACAAAAAGGAAUAUCAUAACUAUAUUAUAUAUCGUACACUGGGACAGCAAUUGAUUAAAUCUUAUUAGACUUUACUACAUACAUACUAUAUAUAUUACAUAAAUAAAUAUAAACAUUUGCAUUGUUAUUGAGCGCAACAUGAAACAAUAAUUAAAUGUAUCUUCUAGCUAAAUUAAGUUCACAAUUUUUGGUGCACAUUUUUCGUACUCUCGAAUAUAUUUUUUGCUGGGCAGGCAAUUUCUACAUAUAUUUGCACCACUGUACUAGUAGCUUAAACGAAAUUUACAGAGCAAAUUUACUUUUCUAGUUGAAAUUUUUGCAAAUUUAUAUUGUACUUAGCCGAAAGAAUUGAUAAAUUAAUCGCAUAAUCAGCAUAAAGUCAAAAAUAUAUAUAUCGCGGUACAAGAAUAUAACACAACAUAUGUCCACAAAACUAUAUAUUCGUAUACUCAAAGACUACAUACAUAAAAAAAAAGUAUAAACUCAUCGAAUCUGAAGGAACUCGAAUCAACUCAACAGCAGCAGCGUUUGUGGCAUUUGAGAAAGCAGCACCCAAGCACAGAACAGCACAGCACAGCACUGAACCAUCAGAGCACAGUUCUUCAGUUCUUAUAUGCAGUGAGCUUAACGCAACUUGAUGUCUACAAGACGGAUAAUCAUCGCCUGAAGGAGGAGAACGCAGCGUUGAUUAGAGUAAUUAGUAAAUUAAGUAAAUGAAAUUAUGUUUUAACUUAAGUUUACUCUCGCGCCUUUAUCAACAAACUCAACAACAACAAAAAAAAUAUAUAUCAACAAAUUGCAAGCAACAAUUUCAAUUUGUGCGAUCCAUCGUCAAAUAACUAAAUUAUAUAAAAAAGAAAGAAAGAAAGAAAGAACGGAUGAAAAUGAUUAAAAGAGGAAUGAUUUGUUUAUACAAUAAUAUUACUAUUACUAUUAUUAUGAUUAUUAAUUAUUAUUAUUUUGUGUGUUUAGGCAUUUAAGCGCUAGAUGAAACCAUGUUUCGCAAAAUCGUUGAAAAUUGUUUGUUUAUUUUUUUCUUUUUAUUUUCUUUUCCUCUCUGUCUCUCUUCCAUAAUAAAUAUUUUAACGAAAAAAAGAUGGAAAUUUAUUUAAUGUAUUUGGUCAAAUUAUAUGAAAAAUAGGCAAAAAUUUAAAAACCUAAUUAUAGUUAUAAAUGUUGUAUAACGAUUACAAAAAAAAAUGAAAAGAAAACCUUUAAAGAUACAAACAACAACAAAAACAAAAAACUGAGAACAUAUUCAUCGAAUGAGCCCUAGUUACAGAUUAGUUUAACUAUAUAAAAUGCAUAAACAUAUAUAUUUUUCAUAUAUACACUCACUCACACAUACACACACACACAUAAAUUAUAUACAUACACACACAUUAAAUACAUAUUUGAGAAAGAGUUUGUGAGAAAUGUUUUGAAACCAGCCCACGCAACAACAACAACUUACUAAUUGUAAUGCUGUAAUUGUUUAAAAAAAAAAGUAAAACUCAUUUAGUUGUAAUCAUUCAGUGGAUAAACCUUAUAUAGAUAUGCAUAUGAAUCGAGCGAAUCUUCGAAAACAGAAUCCAAGAUACAAGAUACAGUAUCUCAGAUUUGGAACUGGCGCUAACUUGUUGCAUAUGAUUCAUGUGUUGAACGGAAUUCGAUUCAAUUGAUUAUUAUGUUAAUUUUAGUUGUUCACACUUUGAGAAAACGUAUUAUAUAUAUCGUACUAUUAUCUACUUAUUUGACUUUCGCUUAUACAUUAUAAUAAUUGUAAUGAAUACACAUGAUCAUACGCAUAUUUCUGUUAUUUAUUAAAUUCGUUUAAGAGAUUUUGUGUUAUUCGUGCAACAAAAGAAAACGAUAAACAACAAACCAACAAAAAAAAACCAAAAACAAACUGAAAAUAAGAAAACAAAAACCACACAAAAAAAACAAACAA